CAGGGAAGCUCCAGUUGUAAUGUGAGAAGUAGAUACUUUCCAGUUUCCACAUGUAGUAGGUUAGCAGUUUCUAUCUGCAUCCUGCAGUGUGUGUAUUUGAACUUUGGGGGCAUCAAUGGUGGCAAGAACUAAGAAGGUGGCAUCAAUGGUGGCAAGAACCAAGAACAGCAAUUUGAAAGAAGAUCCUAUUCCAGAUCAACAUCUGCCAGCCACAUUGCUAAAUGAUUCUACAAUUGAGAAUGAAGCCCCUGCCAUGAGGAGAGCACAGGACGGUAUUGCUCUUCACGGCACGAAGCCUCCAUUUGCACGGCCUUGCUACUUCAGUCCUCGCGAUCAACUCUGCAAUAAAGUUCUUGGCGAGACUCGGCUACCACCUUCUGCGCUUCUGCCAGGAACUACUUGCGAGCCUCUACCGAGAUCUUCAAUCAAAUCUCUCAAAGGACAUCUCGUGAAGCUCUGCCGUUGCCAUCGUGCGAAACGCUUCCAGGACCGACUUUUCGACCUCUGCCAUGACCAUCCUGUGACCUUCUUUUAGGACCGACUCCAGAACCUCUUUCAGGACCGUCCCACGAACCUUUUCCAAUACAUUGUCAACUUAUGCCUGACAAACUUGUUGGAAACUCUCUUUAAAAAAAGCUCUACUCUAAAAGCUAACUCCAAGAAUAACUCCUAACACAAAUAUUUCCUACCUACAAAAGCUAACUCUACUCCAAAAUCAAACUCUUCUUCAGUGCAUCAGCAGCAUCACAGCGUUCAGAAAUCCCAUGCCUCACAAAUAAUGUCUUUAGAAAUAUAAGCCUGCCAAAUGAAGACUUCCGAUUGCUAUGUGGAGGUUCCUAAAAAUGAUAGGGUAGCUUUUAAAUAUGUUGUUGGUAUCAUUGCUCACAAGUUCCCCCUAGUUUGUUCAAAUCUGACCGAUACCGGGAGUCGAAUAGCGCACGUGAGCAAAGGUGGCCUCACCUUCAUGAAGCCGUAGCUAAUCCGGAAGUCUUAAGAGUGCCUCUAGACAGCACCAUGGUGUUGAAGUGAAGCCGGGACCUGCUGCUACCGCCCAAUUAAUGAGCAACAUUGAUUAAACCUGCAAUAUACUGGUACCUCAACACACAGUCAGAUUUUACUUUCGCACGCGGUUGAAUUUACGAAUCCGAUGUCUUAACAAGAAACUACAGCUAAAAAGUUUUUGUAAAAAAAUUGAACAAACUAUUGAGUUGGUAAGUUGACUCCAAAUUGUGCCUGAGACUCCUUAAACCCGAUCUCGCAAGGAAUGAAUGUCUUGCUUUCUACUACUGCUUGUACUUGGAUAUUAUUCCAAUGUGCGUUGGUCGCAGAGCAGCAAACAAUCAUUUCUGCCUCGAAUAUUGCACUGAUUAUGUGUUCGUUAGUAUUUUUCCGUACAAAGUUAUUCUGUGUUCAUAAUUUUUGAUACGUUUCAAUCGCAAUAUCUUCUGUAAGCAUCCUUAUUCUAUCGCAUCUGCAAUUUGCCUCGCUCAAAUUAUGAGGCAUAUAAGCGAUCAUCUGUGAAGAAUCAUGCGUCUUAUUUAUCAGUUAAAUAAAUUGUGCUUCGAAUUGAUUUUGGUAUCUUCUGGGAA